CAUGGCGCACUUACGGGUCGUCCACAACGACUAACGCGGAUUAGUUGCCCGUUUCCACUAGUCCGCCAUCGCUCUGCUGAGGGGCGCAGCAUAUUUCAAGGGGCGAAGGGCUGUCGCACGCCGUGCAUGGCGCCCAAGAGGGAGAGGGAUGAGGCCUUGAACGAGUUCAGUAAUAGGAUAUUCUCCUCCAUGCUGGAGGAGCUCCUUAUGGACGUCGUUCUUCAGUCGCACCAGGAGAUUGCACGGUCUAAAUCCGUCUGCGAGAUCUGCCAUACACGGUGCAAUGCCGUACACGUCCCAGGGCCGUCGAAUGGGUCUGCGUCUGGGACCACUCAACCUUCUCCAGAUAGCGCAAGGCCUCUAGACGGUUCCCCCGCCGGCACGGAUACCCCCACUGGAAAUAUUUAUUUCGACUGUUCUGUCUGCAAACGACAGGUGCGCGCUCUGGCGCUGAAGCCCACAGUUGCUGACUCCUCCGUAGAUCGCGUCCAAUCGUUACGCUCCACAUCUAAGUGGCUGCAUGGGCUUAGGAAACUCGAGGAGAGGUGCAGCACGGAAUGCGUCCAGCAAAGCGAGAUCGUCCGAUGCCGGGUCACCGUAUGUCAACUCCGAAGCUGGUUACGUUUCCGACGAGAGCAAGUCGCCAUCGAAGAGCAAGUCCAGGUCGAAGGCUAAACAAGCAGG